AUGAGGGUCAGGAUACGUGGACCGGCGGGCCAAGCUGCGAUAUCACUGUCCGAAACUGCGACCGUUGAAGAUCUAAGGACUCAAAUUACAGAAAGGACAUCAAUCUCCAAGUUUGAUUUGAAACAUGGCUAUCCACCAACGCCGUUGUCGCUCGGCGAAUUCGCAACGACGGCGAAGCUGUCAGAUAUUGGAAUAAACCUGGAUGGGGAACAGCUGAUUGUCAGCGAGACUACACAAGCUCCCUCUGUCAAUGGACUACCAAAACCCUUGGAUCCAAGCCCCAGUCAAGUAUUCGCAGACAAGGCUUUGAACCCGUCCUCCGCAGACACACCGUCCUCAUUCUCCUUCGCAGAUGUAGGCACUGCUCCUCCGUCGUCAACUCAAAAAACCAGCAAGCCCUUGUCUCUCACCCGCAAACCCACCUCCGCCUCCCUUGACGCCCCAGAGCUGCCUCUCCCUUCGCACGCUUCCACUUUAGUCCUUCGGAUCAUGCCCGAUGAUAAUUCCUGCCUCUUUCGUGCCUUCAACACCGCUUUCUUCGGCGCCAUGGAUAACAUGACUGAAUUGCGCUCUAUAAUCGCUCAGAGUAUUCAAGUGAAUCCAGAGACGUAUAGCGCCGUUGUGCUGGAUCAACAGCCAGAUGACUAUUGCAGGUGGAUCCAGACUGAGGAUGCAUGGGGUGGGGCCAUUGAGCUAGACAUCCUGAGCAAGCACUUUGAUGUCGAAAUUUCGUCCAUCGAUGUGCAGACCUUACGGACCGACCGCUUCAAUGAAGGAAGGCCGGAACGGUGUAUAUUAGUCUAUUCCGGCAUUCAUUAUGACGCUAUCGCAUUGUCACCCUCAGAUGCGCCACACAAAACUGCAUACGCGCCACCCGAACUUGAUACCAAAAUCUUUGACGCUCAAGAUUUGGUUGUCCUGGAGGGCGCACUAGAAUUGUGCAGGGUGUUGCAGGAAAGGCAUUAUUACACCGACACGGCAGCGUUUACUGUCAGGUGUAAUAUCUGCGGAAAAGUGAGCGUUGGUGAGAAAGGCGCGACCGAGCAUGCAAGUGAAACUGGACAUUACGACUUUGGGGAGGCUGCGUGA